AGAGCUGAGAACUUGGAGUGCCUGGCCCUGCCUCAUCCCUGGUUUUGGCAGCGGUUAGAGGAAGCAGACGUGAGGGAAGGAAACAUUUCUGAGCCGGCUGGUUGUUCACCAUGAGUGUGGCUGUUCUGCUCCUCCUGGGGCUGGGGCUGUUGGGGGCAGAAGGCAGAAGAAACAGGUGUUACUUCAACCGCACCCAGGAGCGCUGUGUGUGCUACAACCUGACCGAGGAGACCGCGGGCAGCCUCAUCCAGUGCCUCGCUGCAACCGUGGUGGAGUUUCGGGGGGGAGAGCUGGAGAAAUACAUAGCCUUCCCCAUCAGGGACCUGGAUGACUCUACCAUUGAGACUCUGGGCUCCCUCAUCAUCCAGAAAGUAAUUAUUGCUGAUGUGCUGGUGCCUGAGAUCCUCCUGGCCCGUGUGCUGAGGUUUUUCUCCUACACCCACGUGAAGGAGCUGGCGUUUGACAGCUGUGUUUUCCAGGGCACGGGUGACUGGCAUGGAAUGGAUGACCAGAGCUUGCCCAUAUUGUCCCUGAGCUUCAACAACGUGACAUCUGCCCCGCUGAUGGGCAAUGAACAGGCCUUCUCCAGCCUGAGCACGUGGCUGGAGACACUGCAGGAGCUGGCUGUCACCAGCUCCAGUGUCACCAGCCUGCCCUGUGCCAUUGGAAAGGUGUUCGGAGCUCUGCACACCCUGGACCUGGCACAAAACAGCCUCGGGGAUGGGAGCCUGACACCUGCCUUCUGCCAGGGAGCUUUCCCUCAGCUCCAGGUGCUGAGUCUGCAGCACAACAACCUGACGUCCUACCACAGUGUGUGUGAGGGUGUGCAGCUGCUGCAGGGGCUCCAGAAUCUCAAUCUCAGCCAGAACAAGCUCAUGGCAGACCCAUCCUCCUCCUGCCAGUGGCCAGCAUCCCUCCGGGUCUUUAACCUGUCCCACACUGGCUUGGAGGUAGUGCUGACACCUCUGCCUCCCAACCUGGAGGUGCUGGACAUGAGCCACAACCACCUCCGUGCCGUGGACAUCUCCCUCAGCUCCCUGAAGAAGCUCUUCCUGAGCCAAAACCUGCUGCAGGCCGUCCCCUCCCUCAGGAAUUACCCCGUGCUGGACACCCUCCACCUGGACAACAACUCCAUCGCGGAGCUGCCCUGGGAUGAGGUGACGCUCCUGGGGCGCCUGCAGGACGUGACUGCGGCCAACAACCCCUUCAACUGCUCGUGCUCUGGGGCUGGGGGGCUGCAGGCACUGGCAGCUAUGGGGCACCUGGGGCAGGGCUGGCCACAGGACUACACGUGCCAGUCCCCGCCGCGGCUACCAGGGUGGCGGGUGGUGGGUGCGGUGUCGGUGCUGCGGUGUCACCGCGCCGCCGUUGUCGCCCCGCUCUGCGUGGCCCUGGCCCUGCUGGGCCUGGCAGGGGCCCUCUGCCUGCUCAGGGCCAGGCCCUGCCGCAGGGCCGAGCAGGAUGUCAGCGUGCGAGCGGCCGUGGGACUCCACCAGGCAGCAGGGCCGGGGGAGAGCUGGGCAGAUGGCAUUGAGGACACCCUGCAGCUCCUCUUCGCUGGGAAGGAGCCCCAGUGUGCCCAGUUCCUCCUUUACCUUGCACUGGUCGUGCUGGGAUGGGGGAAAGCUGAACAUUAUCCCUUGUGCCAGGAGAGCAGCUUGGCUGUCGAUGGAGUUUUCCACCUGGAUGCAGGACAGGAGAAGGUCCUGGAGUUGGCAAGACCCCAGCUGGCCCUGGUUCCCCUUGGCUACAGCGUGUCCCUGCUGCUGUGGGACCCCCACGGCCCUGGGACACAGCUGCCCUUCCAGAGUGUCAUCUGGCAGGUGAUUGACACCAUCUUCCAAGAACUGGAGGCCUUGGGGGAUGACACACGGAGCCUGCAGACAGUCAGCCUGGUCCAGGUCAGUACCCACGACAAAGCCUGGGACCUGCUCCAUCCUGAUGGCCGAGCCCUGCAAGUGAUGGAUGUCACACCCCUGGGCCUGAUGGUGGAGGAGGCCACGGAAAUCGCCGUGCCCGAUGCCCAAGCUGCCAUCAGUGCCUAUGCCAGGGGGCUGGGUGCCAUCCCAGCGCUGUCCCAGGGGUGUGCACGGCAGCCCCUCGCAGAUGGGCACCCGGUGCAGGGGGCCGGCAGCCUCUUCACUCUCACCGUGGAGCGGGAGCUGGAGGGUGGCAGGUGCCAGCGCUCGGCCCUCAGGAUCCUGGUGUCCCCGGGGGCCACGGGGCCCUGCCCCAGGCUGGAACCUGACACGGGCUGCCAGCCCUGGAUUGUGGAGCGGCUGCUGGAGGGGAACAGCCUGACCUUCCUGCUGCUGUGUGUGUCACUGCCAGACACCUCCAGGGAGGAGAUCCUGGGAGCCCUGGGGCUGGCUGAGAGGGUGAAGGGGCUGGCCAAGACCAUCUCUGCCACGCUCUGGGACCCUGCGGAGGAGAUCACGGCGCGCCGGAGGGAGAUCCGAGGGUUGCGGGUGGAGCUCCUGGCUGGAACUGCCCUCCCAGAGCAGAGGACAGCUGUGGCCCAGCUGCGGAGAGCCCUGAGGGAGCUGCAGGUGCUGAAGAGUCAAAGGUGGGAGAAGAAGCAGGCGGCGGCUGAGGUGCUCCAGUCUAGUGAGAUGCAUCAGCCCAGUGCCAAGGUGGGCAGAGGUCAGGCCAGGCCCCCUCACCCAGGGACAGCCCAGGUGCAGGAGAAGCCCUGA